AUGUCGAAAUUUAUAACGUUAGCUUUAAUGUUUUGUGUUGUUAAUACCAUUCACUGUGCCAGAAUACUUUGCGUUUUUCCGGCGCCGUCUUUGAGUCAUGCAGCGGUGUUUCGUAUUUUGACUGAAGAAUUAGCAAACCGAGGACAUGAAUUGGUUGUUAUAACACCAGAUCCAGCCUAUAAGGGGAAAAAAUCACCAGCCAAUUUCACGGAAAUUGACGUACAUGAUGUGUCUUACAAAGUGUGGAACAAUAUGGUUGAAAGUGCAAAUGGAGCAUCUUUAUAUAAACAAUUGACAGCGACGAUGCAGGUUUUGGCAGAUUUAGUAAAAGUUCAACAAGAAACUCCACAAGUCAAGGAAUUCAUGGCAAAAAAUCAAAAGUUUGAUCUUGUUUUAACAGAAGCAAGUAUUGUGGCAGCUCUAGGGUACGCUCAUAAAUUCAAGGCCCCGGUCAUACAAGUUAGUUCAUUUUAUGGAAUAACCAGCAAUUUCGAAGGCAUUGGUGCUCCAACACAUUUAUUCUUAUAUCCUGCGGCUUUUAGAAAAAAGUUGAUGAAUCUGACAAUGAAAGACAAAAUAAAAGACGUACUUAUAACUCUGGUGUUGAAUGUCGCCUACAUUGGUUAUGAGAGAGAAGUAAAUGGGAUUCUAAAGACUUACUUUGGUGAGGAUACGCCUGAUUUGCGCGAGUUGGAAAGUAACGUCGAUAUGUUAUUUGUGAAUACAAAUCCUGUUUGGGAAGGAAAUAGACCGGUGCCUUCCAGUGUUGUGUAUUUGGGACAGUUUCAUAUUCCACCUGUAAAAGAUCUUCCACAAGACCUCAAGUCAUAUCUCGAUUCGUCGAGCGGAGUAAUUUAUGUUAGUUAUGGUUCCAACUUUAGCCCGUCGUCUCUCUCUGAAGACAAAAUUAGUUUGUUGCUAACAGUAUUUUCGAAAUUGCCAUAUGACGUUUUAUGCAAAUGGGAUACUGAAGAUUUGCCUGCACUGCCGAGUAACGUGAAAGUAAGAAAGUGGCUGCCGCAAAACGAUCUUUUGAGACAUCCGAAAAUAAAACUGUUCAUUACUCAAGGAGGAAUGCAGUCAACAGACGAGGCAAUCGUUGCUGGAGUGCCAUUGAUAGGUAUGCCGUUACGUGCAGAUCAGUUUUUCAAUGCCGAGAAGUACGUACAACACAAAAUUGGUGAAAAACUGGACUGGAACACGUUAACAGAAGACGAGUUGUACAACACCAUAUUAAAAGUUGCGGGAGAUGAAAGCUACCGUCAAAACGUGUUAAAACUGCAAACAUUAAUGGCGGACCAGCCGAUGUCUGCGUUGGAGCGCGCGGUGUGGUGGACGGAACACGUGCUUCGCCACGGCGGCGCGCGCCAUCUACGGGCGCCCGCGGCAGGCGUGGGCUGGGCUGACUAUUACGAACUCAAACUAGUCGCAGUCCUAUUAUCUAUGUCACUUGUAACUGUAAUGUUGCUUAUAGGAUUCAUAUACGUGUUAGGAAAAUUUGUCAGUAAAAUUAAGAAAGUAUUUGUAAGAAAAAUUAAAAAUGAGUAAAGUGCU